AUGUGCCAGCUCACCGGAGACACAAGCACCCCCACCCUUCGUAGGACACUCACAACCAUAUGUCGUAAUCUCCUCUGGUCACAUAAUCUGCCACAUUUAUCAACACAUAGAUUGAUUCCCCAUGGCUUCAAAUUGCAAAUGUUGUAUGCAUCAGAUGUUAGACAACCAAAUGUUGAGAGCCAUCCAUCACCUCUAGAAUUAGAAACUAUAACCAUCUACCAUGAAGCCUUUGAUCAUCUAUUACAUCAUCUUUUUAACAUAAACCAGUUUCUAAUGCUUGUUUUGGUCAGCAUCUUUGCUUUUUGCUCAGCAGAGAGGAUGCGGGUGAGGUGUACAGGUAGCUAUAACUAUGAGUCUAUGACCCUGUUUGUGUAUUUCCAGAAAUACCCCUCUGUCCCUCAAACUUGUGCUUAUUUAUUCUCCUUAGGAAAUGAUGUGCUUAUUUAUUUAAAAGAUGCUAAAUAUUGCAUGGAAAAUGCCUUCAUCACUUAUUUAGUACGCCUGCAAAUUGAGACAUCAGGGAAGGGAAAUGCCACAUGGGUGUUGGUGUUUAAGGAACCUCUUCGUUCAGAUGUGCAACCCGGGACCCAACAUGCGUAUGAUUUUCCAAGGAUUAUGCACAACAUCCAGCUAAAGAAGUUGAUGAAUACAUACUCUGAUAAACACGAGUUAGUGGUAGAACAAGGGUACAAUGUCGUUCUUCCAAAGAAAUUGAAGACAAGAAAUUGGUACCUUACAUCAUAA